AUGCCUACCAUUUCUUCCAUACUCACCACCGCUAACAUCCUCCUCUCCUCACACCCUUCAACUUCUACUCAUCAUUCCAAUUUCUCUCACUUUCCCUCAUUGCACCCAUCCCUUUUCUCUAAAUCUCCGGCAUGUUCUUUUCCUCUUUGUAAGUUUCCAAGAAAACCCAAAAGAAUAGUUUCUUUAAAAUCAUCAGAGGCAGAGGAGAUAUCAUCAACAGAUGAUGAGUGGCUACAAAGACUCCCUGACAAGAAAAAGCCUUUGUACUCUCAUAGUUUGCCUUGCAUUGAAGCUUGGUUGAAGGAUUUGGGGUUUCUUCAAAGCAACGAGAACCAGGCUGUUUGGUUUGUUGAGAAACCUGAUUGGCAUGCUCAAUUAUCACUUGAUGUCACUGAUCUUUAUAUAAAGUACUUGAAGAAUGGACCUGGGAAUCUUGAAAAGGAUGUGGAGAGGAGAUUCAGUUACGCAUUGAGUAGAGAAGAUAUAGAAAAUGCCAUUCUUGGAGGACCAUAA